ACUUGGCGCCUUUAGGAAUCUCCCAACAACUCCAGCGAAUCAGUCCCGCAAAACGUAAUCCUACCGCGUCGACGAUCAGCGCCGGAGCUCAAGAUACCCUCAAUCCUCCGUCUUCGGAGUCACUGCUGAACAGUCAUGGACGAGCAAUUGGGCAAUGACCCAAUUCCCACUUCCGCAAUGACACCUGUCUCAUCAUCCUCGCCUCAUCGCAGAUUGCGCAUGGCAACGCGAGAUGCUGCGAAGAAACGGAAAGCCCAGGUCUUGCGAGCCAUGUCGAAUCUCCAAGAUUCGGUGUGACCAUACGACGCCUACGUGCGACAAAUGCCAGUCGCGCGGAAUCACAGAACAAGUUAGCAUCAAGCGGAACCAUCAUCAUGCUCUUGAUGUUGAUGUUUGGAUAGUGCUUUUACCAUCCGGCGCCAAUGACCAAACCACCCGGGACGCCACGAAAACAACCUGAACCUCGUCGUCGCGUCACGAAGUCCAGGUACUCCGAGCCAUGCGAAACGCGCGGUCACGGGCAGCUCACGUCGCUGAGCUUGAGCCCUACCACGCUCCGGAAUGACCUUGGCGGUGCCGCCUCAAGCCAUGGGGCGAGCAUGUGGCCAACGCCUCCUGAUUCCGCUACGAGAUCCACAACGCAGAGCGGCGCAGAUCCCGCUCGGAGCUUCUAUCUCGGCUCGACAAGCUAUGCCAGCGUCUUUGCGGAAGAGCAGCCCAUGCCGGAUUCAAUCCACGAGCAGCCUCCCGAAAGGAUGAGUGCGACGCCGUCUAUAGCGUCCAGCGGGCCGGUUGGAACACGACGUUGCCGAAUGAGCAUAGCCGCAUCAAUCGUGUCGAAGCUCGCUCCCUUCUCUCUAUUCGAAAGAUGCGUAGAGAUGUACUUCAAGGUCCACAAAGCGUCCGCUUUAAAUGGACCUCUCGUCAUGUCUGUAUUGCCCCAGCUUCGGAAAGAUCUGGAGCAGCUGGCCAGCAUGGCGGACCCAUAUCCUGCCUAUGCCGAGAUUACGAGAAACACUGCUCGGCCCUUAAAGGUGCCCUCCACCAUGGUGCCGUCGGAGUUUCACACGCUUUGCACAGGCCAGAAUCUGCGGUGGGAGACCAUGGGCCUAGCCUUGAUCAUCUCCGGAUCGAUUGCGCAAUUCAGUUCCCCCGAUGCGCCCAUCUUCGACCUGGGGAACGGCAGGAUGAUAGAUAGAGAUGAAUUCAUAGAGGAUACGAUGCAUGUGAGCAACGACUGCAUUAAUCUCUGCCAGGUCCACGGCGCAGUCAACGACAUCAUGGUCUGGCUCAUCUAUGCCAACCUCCUCGUCACUAGCAACUUCUAUGGAGACAAUUACCACGGUGUUUGGCGACGAAUGGGCGACACUGUAUCAGCACUAUACGCCGAGGGCAUUCACUGCGAGGACAGCGAUGAGCCGUUCUUCCUCCGGGAGCAGCGAAGGAGGAUGUAUGCUGCAGUAUAUAGGAGCGACAAGUGCUUGGCCGUAUUCUUCGGUCGUCCGCCAAUGAUGUCGUGGCGCUAUAGCGACCGGAAAGAGCCAUUAGAUAUCGACGACGAGAUCAUGGCAAGCGACGAUCCCGUGCUGCUAAACGAAGCGCUCUCGAAGCUCGACAGCGAGGGCUGGAACACAGAGGGCAGGAUCUCUGCCAUUUCCUGGAUCAAGCUGCGGUUCCGGAUGGCGAAAGUCAAAGAGCGCUUUCUCCAGCUGUCUCUCGCCGGCGACAAGAAUUGCGACAUGACAGACAAGAUACAAACGAUAAUCGAAGACUACCGCCAAUGCUGGGAAACCAUGCCCCCACACCUGCGCUACGACCUCUACGACGAAGACUCAGCCUGGUCCGCCGUCGGCCAGCCCAUUGCCCUGCGCAUGAUCUCCGCCUACCUCGAAUACCUGCACACCGACUUCCAGAUGCAGCGGCUGCUGCGCCGCCAGACGCAAAUGGCCGUGCCCGCGCUGCUGGAAAACUCCAUGAAGCUGCUGUCCACGGUGCUCGUCUUCAACAAGCAGCGCGACCAGGAGUACGACAUCCGCCGCCACUUCCCCACGCUCGUGCUAUUCUACUGCCUGCCGAGCGCCGGCGUCCUGGCGCUCGAACUGCGCAGAUGCACGCUGGAGAAUGUGCCGCUGCCGAGCACGGUCAGCCGCGCGGAUAUUAUACGGAAUCUGUCGGUGCUGAUAUCGUGUUUGGAGUGGGCGAUUCUGCCGGGCGACGGGAACCAUAAGCUGUGCAGCGAGCUGAAUAAGAUGCUGGCGCUGGUGCUGGACGAGGUGCUGAACUAUCAGCCGCCGGCGAAUAAUGAGAGUCAGGGUGAGGGCGGGAAUGCAGGCGUGGUGGGAGCGGGUGGUGGAGCGGGAGGGACGAGCGGGUUCUUUGAUAUGCCGUUGAUUGAUGGCAUGGAGCCGAUUCCGACGGAGAGUGAGGACUUUUUGAAUUGGUUGGAUAAUGCUAAUUGGAAUAAUACGUAUCUCUUUUAAGGUAUAUCCUUCGGGCAGGGCGUCACGGCAUCGGCGUUAAACGGAAGCACACUAGAUCGAAGCUCCCUUCCAUCAUGGAUGCUGUGGAUAUGGCAUGCUCAUCAUGGACAAGACCUAGCUCGACAUACGAAGAGGUCAACGAUUAUACAUUCUGUUACCU